GGGAACAAUGCUGAGAAGAUAAAAACGUCGUCGUUACUGUACAAAGAAAAAUAAAAAGAAAACAAAAAAAACGAGAAAAGAUAACUUGAUAGAAGAAAAACGAUGCCCGUUCCGGCUUACUUUCUUUUUGGGUAAAUAGAUGGCCAUAGGGCCUUUCUGGUUCACAUUCUUUCGCUACAGCAACACCAACGCCAACAGCCUCCUCUCUCUCGUUGUACCUUGUACAUACAUAUCAACGAAACUCUCAACAAAAACUAUUUCUUCUUCUUCUUCUCGAUCGUCUCAUAUCGCCUCACCUCUUCUUAUCCUCCUUCGAUUCGCCUCCAGCGCGUCGCUCUCCCACGCGCGACUUCUACACCAUCACCAGCGCUCGAGGCAGGUUAUCGCAACACAGGACACGCUGGCGCAGAAGAUCGGAAAAUCGAUUCGCCGCCCGGGCGCACCCUCCAAGUCUAGGGUUUAUCCCGAUGUCAAUGUGGUCCGCCCGAAGGAGUACUGGGAAUACGAGUCCCUCACCGUACAGUGGGGGGAGCAGGAUGAUUAUGAGGUAGUGAGGAAGGUUGGGAGAGGGAAGUAUAGCGAGGUGUUUGAGGGCGUGCACUGCACCGACAACGAGAAGUGCAUUAUUAAGAUUCUUAAGCCUGUUAAGAAGAAGAAGAUUAAGAGGGAGAUUAAAAUACUGCAGAAUCUUUGUGGUGGGCCAAACAUUAUCAAGUUACUUGAUAUUGUUAGAGAUCAGCAAUCAAAGACCCCAAGUCUUAUAUUUGAAUAUGUGAAUAAUACAGAUUUUAAAGUGCUUUAUCCAACACUCUCAGACUUUGAUAUUCGGUAUUAUAUCUAUGAACUUCUAAAGGCGUUGGAUUUUUGCCACUCACAAGGUAUUAUGCAUCGGGAUGUGAAGCCGCACAAUGUCAUGAUUGAUCAUGAGCAGAGGAAACUUCGUCUAAUAGACUGGGGACUAGCCGAGUUCUACCAUCCUGGCAAAGAAUACAAUGUUCGUGUUGCUUCAAGAUACUUUAAAGGUCCUGAGCUUCUUGUUGAUUUGCAAGACUAUGAUUACUCAUUAGACUUGUGGAGCCUUGGUUGUAUGUUUGCUGGAAUGAUAUUUCGUAAGGAACCAUUUUUCUACGGCCAUGAUAAUUAUGAUCAGUUGGUCAAAAUUGCCAAGGUGCUUGGGACUGAUGAAUUAAGCGCAUAUCUAAAUAAGUACCAUAUAGAAUUAGACCCACAUCUUGUGGCCCUUGUUGGAAGGCAUAGCCGGAAACCAUGGUCAAAGUUCAUUAAUGUUGAAAAUCAACAUUUGGCAGUUCCUGAGGCUGUUGAUUUCCUCGACAAGUUGUUGCGAUAUGACCACCAAGAAAGGCCAACUGCAAAGGAAGCAAUGGCCCAUCCUUAUUUCUACCCGAUUAGAAAUGCAGAAAGCAGUGGAACUCGCACCUAGUUAAUCGAUUUUCAGCUGUUAAAAGAUCUUCAUGUUUGUUUUUGUUGAUCUUACUGUAGCCUGAUUGAACCUCAGUAGUGGUGCUUUUUUUUUUUUUCUUGUUGCUCUCAGAAAACCUCCAACCACAUUUUUUUUCCUUUUUUGCUGUUAAUUUUGUGUGAGCUAACUUGUGGAUGAAUUAUUGAUCUGAUUUCAGGCUAAGUUGGUCUGGACUUUGGAAUCUCCUUCAUUUUCCUUUUGGUAAAUGGAAAAUUUGAAAUAUUAAUCUCA